AUGGAAUGUUCUGUGAUUAGAAAACCGUAUACAGGUGAUUACGUGGAUCGAGGAAUGAUGUCAAUAGAGUGCAUGAUGCUUCUUCUUGCUUACAAGGUAUGCUAUCCCACAUCUGUCUAUCUAUUGCGAGGGAAUCACGAAUGUGCUCGAGUUAAUAAGAAAUAUGGCUUCUGGAACGAAUGCAUCAAUCAUCUUGGCGCAAAUGGCGAGACAGUGUGGGCGAUGUUUCAGAGAUGUUUUAACAACAUGCCUGUCUCGGCUUUAGUGGCAACGAAAAUCCUUUGUAUGCAUGGCGGAUUAUCGCCUAGUCUGGAGUCCCUAGAUGAUGUGAGAAACACUGUGAAACCAGUAAGAAAUCCCUUUCGCGGAGUUAUAAAUGACAUGCUCUGGGCAGACCCUGAUUUGAACAUUUUGGACUGGCGCACCAGUACUCGCGGUUCAGGCUUUGCUUUUGGCACUCACGUAGUUAUCGACGAUGUUUGCGAGCGGUUUGGGUUGGAACUGAUUGUACGUGCUCACCAGGUAAGCAUGAGCUCUACCUAUCCGCAAAGUCUGAGCAGAUUAACCGACUUUCACUGUGUUACGGAAAAUACGUGCAUCUUAGAAAAGUCUAGUUGUCAAUAACG